GUGGGUUUGUGCAUCGCUCGUACCAAGAUGGCUGCCACUUGUUAGUAGCGUAUUUUUCGUCAAUCCGACGUGUAUUUUGUAAAAAAAACUACGUUCAGUGCCUUUAAAUAAGAGCGUGUAUAUGUCGCGUGUUUCUGCGAAUAGUGUGUUGUGUGUCGUGUUGAAUUCGAAAUUCUGCGAUCUUGAAAUGUUUCGUUUUUAAAUGUUCCUGGACGAGAUUCUCUGAGUGGCCAAGAGGUGGAAUAAUCACCCGUCACCAGCCAUGUUCGUCGAAUGUUCUUUUGUUGUGACAGUCGUGAUAUAAUAUUUUUCGCGCGACGUAACGCCAUACUACAGCAAUCUUGUACACAUAUCAACACGUCCUUUCUUUCUCAAACUCCUUGUUUUGUUUCUUCUUGUCUUGUUUCAUUUCUUUUUAUCUCCCCUUACCUCACCUUACCUAACAUCUUAACAUCUUACCUCAUCUUAUCUCAUCAUACUUUACCUUACCUUACCACAUUAUACUGCACUACACCAUAUCACACCAUUUUAUACCAAGCCACAUAAUUUACCUUAUUUUAUUUUAGUUCAUUUCAUAUCACUUCAAUUUAUCUUACCUUAGUUUGUUCAAUUUCGUCCUUUCCUUACUUUAUCUUGUUUUACCUUAUUCUAUUUCAUAUUCAUUUUAUUUCAUCUUGCUUCAUUAUUACCUUAUUUUUCUUUAUCCUACAGAAGUAUCUUAUUAUCGUUCGCUUAUCAUCAUCAAAUAGAUUAAAUGAAAGAUCGGUAGCAGUGGUAGCAGAGGUGAGGAGAGGUGGAACUUAAAGAAGGGAUGAAUGGAACGACGGCGCUGCGACGCAGCGUUGGGGCUGGUGCAGGCGCCAUUGGUGGUGGAGCCAUUGAGCCAGCACCCAUCGCCACUCUUGUCGUAUAUAAAGAUGAUGCUGGAUUUGGAAUGAAAGUUUCUGGCGACAAUCCAGUCUAUGUCCAGUCCGUAAAAGAAGGUGGAGCAGCAGCAAGAGCGGGUCUUCAUGCAGGUGACAAAAUAAUUAAGGUGAAUGGUGUUAAUGUAAUGCAGUCUACGCAUACCGAUGUGGUCCAGCUCAUAAAAUCUUCGACGCAAGUAGUUCUGACGGUGCAGCAGAAACCAGUAACGAGCGGUGCGGCAGCAGUAGUAGCAACAGUUACAGCUACAACUACAACUUCCGGUCUACAGGUUGGAGUUGGAGCAGGAACCGCGGCGGCCACUAUUACUACCACUACUACCAGCACUACUGCUACUGCUACAAUCAUUCAACAUCAACGUCCAGUUAGCUUAUCAGCAACUGGAAACAUGUCACCUUCGCAACCGGCAACUUCCUUGCAUAGAGCAUCCACUGCACCUGCUGGUGGAGCAUCAUGUAACACUCGAAUUACAGGCCCGCAACCAGUUGAUCAUGAAAAAAAGCGGCAGCUGGAAACGCAAAGAGUUCAUACAUUCCAGCUUAUGUUGGAGAAAGAACAAAGUUAUGUGGAUAAAUUACGAAGCGAAUUAGCUAAGACUGGCACUGGCAGUGGUAAUAACAGUGUCAAUGUCACAGCUUUGCAGAACGAAUUGGCGGGUGCCGAAAGAAGAGUACGCACCUUACAGGAACAGCUUGCAGCGAUUACAACUAACGAACAGCUUUGCUCAUUGGUAACAAACACCUCGUGCUCCCCGGGCUAUUAUCCACCCUCGAAUACAAACAACGACAAUGGCACAGACCUGCCACCUCCACUGCCAUCGCGUAAAUCCUUGUCCAUGCAAAGUCUCUCUCCACCGCCUUUGCCUCCUAGACCACCACCUGUCACAAACACGCACAAUACAGCCCAGCUGGAGCUGGAUCGACAUCUGCUGACUCAUUUAACGCCUUCAAUCGCCAGUCACGGUAUUCCUAACUCUUUUUCUCAGGAUAUCAAUUUAAGUGCUUCGAAUGCGGUUGCUAAACAUCAGCGAACAAAGUCAAGUCCGGAACAAUUAGGAACCACAGCGAUGUCACCGUCGGAAGCUAGCAGACGUUUAAUUGCCUCUGAAUCGAUGAGUGAUCUGUCACCUCCGAAACACGUCGGACACAAUGAUAUUGAUAUAAAAGAAUUGUCGCAUAUUACACCACCGGGUACUCCACCGCCACCAUAUCCGGUCUCUACUUUAGGGCACGAUAUCUUCUCAUCCACGCUAAAUGAUUCGCUUGGUAAUGAUACCAUUCCUGGAUUACCAGCAUUCCAACAACCAAUUAUGUCAAUGGAGGAAGAUGAUGUUAGCGAUCAAGAAAUUGGCCAAUUAGAAGAUCACGGCCCGUUCCAGUCUUUAUCUAGGUUGUGGGGACAUCAUGCACACCUUGCUGUAUUUAUUAAUUAUGUUCUAUCUAACAGUGACCCUUCUAGCCUGUUAUUUUAUUUAGUAACGGAUUUGUACAAGGAGGGAAAUGCCAAAGAAAUGAAAAAAUGGGCAUACGAGAUACAUUCUAGUUUCUUAGUACCUGGUGCGCCAUUACGUCUGCAUAAUGUAGACGAAAAUGUCGCAAAUGAGAUAGACGAUGUCCUCUUAAAAGAAUCUGACAAGGAAGAAAUUCUUAGAAAGAUAUUUUGGAAAGCACGUACAAGGGCAAAGGAAGAAUUGAAUGAGCAGCUGAUGCAUUUCCAACAGAAAAGGACUGCAGGCUUGGCAACGAUCUUUGGUCCGACGGAUAACUCGCUCGACGAGAGUAUAUCCGAUAAAACACGUGAAACAAAAAUUAUCGAAACGUAUCUCUUGCCAAAAAUGGAACCUUACUUAGAAGAUAUAGAAAAGGAACAUAUAGAUCUGCGUUUGUUCACAACGGCAGCUGGUCUAGCUACGAUAUUGAUAAAGAUCUUUCAAUUACGGCCGGUGUGGGCUGAUCGGGUGCCCACCUUCGUCGCGAAAGAUAAGUCCAACAUCAAAGCUCGUCUGCUUACUGGUAAAACUCGCAAGAUGACUAUCAGAGGACACCACUUUGUAGCACAUCAGUACUUCACGAUAACUUAUUGUAAUCACUGUCAACUUAUCAUUGGUGGCAUCGGUCCUCAAGGAUACUUGUGUAGUGAUUGUUCUCUCAGCGUACAUCGGCAGUGUGUUCGUGUAGUGGAGGAAAAUUGCCCGGGUCCAUUGAUAAGGAAGGAAAGAACCAAUGAUAGAAUCAGUAAGCUGAUGGAGCGUAUUCGACCCGAGAGAAAACCUCCCUCAUCUCAUCAUCAUCAUCAUCUUCACCAUCAUUCGCAGAACCAUAUAUUACAUCUGGAAAAAAACAGAAAACCUGAAGAAGAUCUUGGUUUAUUGACAGAUGGAGAAAGUGGGGAACAACGCGCAGGUGGCUUAACCGGAAAUAUUCGCAACAAUUGCGAGAGAACGCGAAUUUUUGGUUUAGGAGGAACUAGCGAUCAUGAUAACAUGGACAAUCCUUCUUCUCGAGAAGAUAUAUCCGAGAUGGUCCAGCAAAAUAUUUCCAGUAAGCCAAAGACGUCAAACAUCAACAGGUCUGAAAGUUACAAAGAGCGGAUACAUCAUAAGCGGCAAUUAAGAGAAAAAAGGAAGACCAGUGACCCGAAUCUUUCCAAAACAAACGAUUGUGAACCUUCCAACACGUUCCCUGGAAAUUCGGCUGGUAGUUCAUCGAAUAGCAGUCUAUCGACAAGAAGUCUAGAUAGUCCUAGUACCAGCUUAGAGCAGGUACACCCUACCACGUCAGCAGCAAACGCAUCAACUUCGUGGGAUAGUGAUGUCGAUGUUGAAGCUGACCCACCUGAUUGGAGUCAAGCUGUUGCUGAGGAUGUUCUCGCGCACCUUAGCAAUCCCGAGAAAAAGAGGCAGGAAGUUAUUAAUGAACUAUUUCAUACCGAACGUUCUCACGUUCGCGCGUUGAACGUGCUUUUGCAUGUCUUCCAUAAACCGUUGCUGGAGUCCCAAGUGCUGCCAUUAGAUCAAAUACAGUUGCUUUUCUCGAAUCUGGACGAAAUGCUAAUGAUCCACUCGCGCUUUAAUCAAUCGAUGAAACGGAAGAAGAAAGAGAAUCCGUGCGUGGGUGAUGUGGGUGAACUUUUACUAGAGAUGUUUGAUGGUGAGGCCGGCGAAGCAUUCGAAAAAGCUGCGUCGACUUACUGCGCUAAACAGCAAGUUGCACUAGACGCUCUACGUGAUCGUCGACGUAAGGAUUCUAAGCUAAAUUCUUUUCUGAACGAAAUAGAAGCAAAUCCGCUGUGCCGUCGACUUCAGCUAAAGGAUCAUAUACUUACCGGUAUGUUACGGCUCACUAAGUACCCACUGCUUUUUGAAAAUCUUGCCAAAUAUACGCCAGAUAACAAUGAAAAAGAGAAAGCGGCCGUGCUGCGAAGCCUUGAACGUAGCAAGGAAAUCCUAAGUCGUGUAAAUCAGGCAGUGAGGGAGGCUGAGGAUCAUCAACGGCUCACUGAGAUUCAACGGACAAUCGAUCGAUCAGCUUUCGACAAGUUUGAUCAUCCAACUGUACAGGAAUUCAAGAAUCUCGACAUUACGAAGCGUAAGCUGAUCUAUGAAGGACCUUUACAGUGGCGUCGCACCGAGCCAAAUCGCUCAAUGCCGAAUCGUUCAGUAUCGAAACCGGUGGAUUUACAUGUGGUAUUACUCGACGAUACAAUCUUUUUCUUGCAUCGACAAGACGAUAAAUAUCUAUUAAAAUUUAUUAACACGACAAAUCAAGCGGGUAAUUCCGUGCUCAGUCCAAUCGUCAAGCUAUCUACUGUAUUGGUGCGUGUCAAUGCCGCCGAGAAAGACUCUUUCUAUCUAGUUAAUACCUCGCAAAACGGCGCACAAAUGUACAAUCUGGUGGCACCAUCCCCUGUGGAACGUCAGCUCUGGUGGAAGCACAUUUCCGAGGCUGUAGAAGCUUACAAGGCACGUGAUCGUCAAGGUAGAAGACCAACGCCGCCUACUUCUCUCCCAGAAGAGUCAACGCACGUAAUAGAAGACGCGUCAUCCUCUGUCAUGGAAGUGGAUAACACAGUCGCCGAGAAGGAUCAAGGAUUGCAGAAUCGAGAAACGCGAGAGCUUGAGCAGGGUGAAGCUGUUGUUACUACUAUUACUUCCAUUACUCCUUCUAUUUCUGCUACUGCUGUUACUGCUGCUACUACUACCACUACCACUACCACCACUACUACUUCUACUACUACUAGUAUUAUUGCUGCUGCUACUGCUGCUACUACUAUUACUACUACUACUGUUGAUACACAAGAACAUGACGAGAAGACAUCAGAUUCUUCUACAGAGACUUCAACGACCGAACAAACACAACAACGAGUGCAACAGCAGUCGACUGAGUCAUCAACAACAGGUAUGUCAGAACCACUGCGGAUGGUCACAUGUACUCAGUUCUCAUUAAUAGAUCCAUUAGAAGUUCACGUAGAAGUACCACCGGUACAUAUUGCAGAACCAGUUUUUACACCAAUAGAAUGUCUAAGACGAAAAGACGAGAUAAUAAAACAGGCUCUGCUCGAAAAGCAAUUAUUGAUGGCAGAUAUAUUAAAUAUCCCUAAAGAAGAUUUUGAGCAUGUAGCAGACAUAGCAUCUGAACCAUCAACUGUAGAGAAAGAACCUGCUGAACUCAUACUUGCUGCUAUUAACCAAACGGAUCAGCUGGUAGGAAUGUUAAACUCUGCGUUGAAUGUAAGCGAAACGGAAACGAUAUUUGCAUCACGUGGAACAUCGGCAUUAUCGUCUCCCGUGUGUGAAGCCACUGGUUGUCCUUCAUUACGAAGCCAUUUGCAUCCUCAGCAAUCAAUUAUGGGUAUAAUGCAACCAAUUUGUCAUUAUCUUACAUCUCAACUCUCGCAAUUGUCACAACUGCUGGAAAUCAUUAAGGAAAGGGAAGAAGAACGGGAGAAACUACGGAAAGAAUUGCGUAGAAGUAGAGAACGUGUACAUGCACUUGACACUGACGUACAACGCCGUGAAUUUUCGGGAGCAAUAACUGUGACAUCUUAUACGCAAACGGCACUUGGUUCAUCGACUAUCAAAUAUAAUAAACUAAAUGUAUAUAAAAGGACAACUCGAUUGGUCAAAUGGUUUUUGAAUUAUCUUGCACACCAGUUUGGAAGAAGUUGUUUCGAGAGAAACGCAUUUAAAGUUUCAGGUAUAAAAAAUUGUUAACUUACAGCUGUUUUCUGCUAAUCCGCUAUUCUUGCCCCAGUAAACCUUUCGCUUUUUCAAACAAGUCAUUUUACUCAAGUUAAUGUUGUUUAUUUGCUAUUCGAGCCUUUUUACUGCAACUUAGGCUGGGGCGCUCCUGUCUCUUUAUUCGCUCGGCGUCCUUACUAUCAGCAUAUAACUUACAAAGAGGCCCAAUUUUAAUUUCUAAUAUUUCCAUUAUCUUCAAAACAGCAAAGUAGUCUUCAUUAAAUAUCCCAGUAGCAAUAUAGGCGGUGAUCUCGGUGAUUAUAAGGCCAAACUGUACAUGCUUUGGAACUAACCGCUAAAUCGUACUAUUAAAACUUUUAUUCGCAUUUUUUGUGCAUAUACUCACCUAAACACUUUUCUAAUAGAUCUUUCUUAGGAUGUUUUUUUCCGUUUAUUUCCGUUUUUUCAAACAGAUUUUUCGGAACAAAACUGUUGCAAGUCAUUGUGCGCUCAGACCUCGCCUCAUGCGCUCGUAUCUGUGUGCGAAAAAUGGUCCUAUAUGAUCAUUUAGAUUUUGAAUUUCAAAAUCAAACUUUGGGAAUAUAUUCUAUACAUAUAGUACUAUUAAUUAAAGCAAAAACAAAAUUCGAUUUUUGUGACCCUCUAUAGUUUUUCGAAACAAAGCCGUUGCAAGUCAUUGUGCGCUCAGAUUUCGCCUCAUGCGCUCGUACCUGCGUGCGAGAAAUGAUCCUAUACGAUCAUUUAGAUUUUUAAUUUCAAAAUCAAACUUUGGGAAUAUAUUCUAUACAUAUAGUACUAUUAAUUAAAGCAAAAACAAAAUUCGAUUUUUAUGACCCUCUAUAAUACUUUCCCCCUUUAAUGACGUCUUUAGACAUUACCUUGUUACCUGGGUACUUACAUCUAUGGUUCUACUUAUAUUUUUCUUUUUAGAUUAUUUUUCGUUAAAUUAUUUUUUCGUCUUAUGUGGGACACCCUGUAUACAUAUGGUAU